AUGGUAUCAAUUAUAUUUGCAAGUCUCUUUGUAAUCUUCAUUAUUCUGCUUUAUAUCUAUUUGAAACGAAGCUACUCUCCAUCACCAGAUGAUCUACCAGGAGUGAAACCACAUAUUUUUUUUGGUAAUCUAAUUAAUUCCGGUAUAUUGACCGGCGAGUCAGUGUUUCAUGAAGUCAUGCUCGAUUAUCAACGUCGUUUUGGUGACAAAUUUCAAUUUUGGUUCGGUUCACAUCGAUGCUUAUUUUUCUGUCGAAUAGACCAUGCUCAAACGAUAUUUGCUAAUCGUCAUACUUUCGAACAAUCACCAUUAUUUCUUCCAAACUUCGAUCUUUUUUGUCCAAACGGCAUUACGAUGUUAAGUGGCGCUAAAUGGAAACGACAUAUACGAGUUUUGUCACCGAUGUUCAAACGAGCAAAGAUUAUCGAUCAUUUGGAUACAAUUGUUGAAUGUGCUGAUCGUUUUAUUGAUCAAAAUCUUCAUCCUGGACAAGUUCAUCGAGAUUUGGUCUCAUGCUGUCAAUCGUUUACGAUGAAUGUCAUUGGAUUCAUUGGAUUCGACCAUGAUUUCGAUAUUCACGUUAAUUCACCAAUUAAGAAAGCUUUUCAAGAUUUUGUGUUUCAUUUCCUAUUGCUUGCGAUAGCACCCUGGGUGCCUCGAUGGUUAGCUAAAAUCUAUUUGAAAUGUAAUUGGAAAUAUCAACGAACUUAUCGAUUGACUCGUGAAUUCGCCAAACAACUUGUUGAAGAAGAACAAAAUAAACAAAGUGAAAAUAAAAAUGAACGACCAAAGAAUCUGAUUGCUUCAAUGGUUUCAUCAUUGAAUGAACAAGCCAACGAUGAACAAAUUUCAUCCGGUAUUACACGUGCAGAGAUGUUCGAUGAAGUUUUGAUGAUGAUUCUAGCUGGUUAUGAAACAACAUCAACCGCUGUAUUGUGGUUCAUAUUCUUCGCAAGUAAAAAUCCUCAAGUGCAACAACAAAUGAAAGAGGAAUUGUGCAAACAUCAUCUUCUGAUGACUGAUGAUCUCACAUGUGUACCACCGCUUACACCAGACAAUUUAGCUUCACUAACGUAUUGUGAAUGUGUGACAAAAGAGGUCUUACGCUUGGCUCCUAUCACUGCAUUCACAACCCGUAUAGCUACUUGUGACACUAUUGUUGACGAUGUGAAGAUUUAUCGUGGUCAAACUGUUUUUAUUCCUUUGCAUAACAUCAAUACGGAUGCUCGCUAUUGGCAUCAUGCUGAUUCUCAACGAUUUGUACCAGAAAGAUUUUUAUGUGAAGAUCAAAAUCACCAUCUAUUCGCGAUGGUUCCAUUCGGUGGUGGACAUCGAGCAUGUAUUGGACAAGAAUUAGCUUGGCUUGAACUGAAAACGAUCAUUGUUCGAAUGAUGCAACGUGGUAUCACAUUCGAAGAUACGCCGGAAAAUACCGGUGGUUACGAAGAAAGCAUCGCUUGUUUUCCAAAAAACGUAGCAGUGCGUGUACGUUUUGAUUGA